AUGGUGCACACUGGUUGGAUCCUUUGCGAGCGAGGCGAGGACCCAGAUUACCGCAAGGAGCACUACGAGUACACCCAAAGCCAGCACCGAUAGAGGGAUAAGGGUGUCCCACUGGCCCCCCUUACCCCACUCCCAGCCCCUCCACCAAUUAAAGUCCAACGAUCUCAAUCCAAAAAUCAAAACAAAAAACCCCCAAAAAAGAAACAAUCGAAGCGCG